AUGGACAGUCACAACCAGCAACGCCCACCUCCUCCCAAGGCGGCUGGUCUCAACAAUAUUCUCAACAGCGACCAUGCUCCAGGUCACGUCCCAAACGGCCCUCAGCACAUGCGAGAUUCGGGGUUCUACUCUAACGGAGACGCCUCCAACACAUCUGCUGCCUCUUUCAAUGUAAACGGCCUCAGUCCAAGCGGUUCUGGCUACCAGUCUUCGUCGCACGAAAAGACCCCUUCGCCGAUAACUUCCAACAUGGUUCCUCAUGGACCUAUAUCGCCGUCAGCAACCAACAUGAGCGUCGCCGCAAUGGUAUCCCCCAACCCGCCCGCUGCCUUCGAUCCACGUCGUGAUAGGCCCACGUCAAUUGAAUCCAACGGUACCAACCAUACAAUUGGCGAAACUUUGGCACCAGGAAUGGCCGCGCUGAGGCGGGAAAGUGUCGACAGUCGCAUUAACCAAAACUUCAGUGAUAUGCGCCUUGGUAACAACUCCCCAUAUGCCUCCAACAAUCAUUCAACUAGCUCGAUUCAAAACACCCUUCACAGCCAGCGGAACCCCCACCACCUCUCAGUUAAUCGAAUCUCCAAUGGCUACCAACCCAACGCGGAGCGGAACCCCGAGACCAAGACUGUCAAGACGGCACCUGCCAUUACUGGACCGGCAACGGGGCACAUUGCACGAGCAGCAGAACCCACCAAAGGCCAAGCAUGGGCUUUCCCUGAAGAGGAGAUUCAAAGAGUCGGUGGCGCACCUACGUUCACUGACUCGAGGCGCAGCAGCAUUACCGAGUCGAUUGCGAGUAGUCAGUUCACAACCGAGUCGCGUCUGCCCGCUGGGCAAUUAAGGCUGGAGAGCGAGUACUCUCGUAUGUCUAGUGCCUCGGAUUUCCCUCCUGUCCAUCACCACUCUAUGCAACAUAAGCAGUUGAGCGAUCUUCAAGCUGAGGAAGGGAAUGGGUCUACAGGGUCACAACCCUAUAGCAGGACCCCGGAACUGAGAGUUAGCCACAAGCUCGCCGAGCGGAAGAGGAGAACUGAAAUGAAGGAACUAUUCGAUCAGCUUCGUGAUCUUAUGCCGCAGGAGCGAGGCUCAAAGGCCUCCAAGUGGGAAAUUUUGACAAAAGCUAUAACUGAACAUCAGAAACAGCAGGAGCACAUCCGGUUGCUCCAAAAUCACUACAACACAGUGGCAUCAGAAAUCGACCUGCUCCGUCGGGAGCUGCAUGGGUUACGGGUGGAGAACACCCAGCUUCGGGGAUCUCCAUCUUCAGCACCAACACCGGGCUCAGGACCUCCGUCGACGACUCAUCAAGCGGAACGGUAUGCCAGUUCAAAUGGGCCAGAGCUGCCACCUAUCCGGUCACUGAGCAACAGUAUGCCCGGCGGGCCAGAUUCAAUGACGGGUGUCCAGUACGACAACCCUCAAACCAAUGGGUAUCGCCAGGAGAGAUUCUGA